AUGAAGGAGCAGCUCUUGUGUAAACGCUGCUCUCCUGUCUCUCAGGGUUUGAUCGACACCAGUCUGACGGCAUCCGUCAUCAAUCUGAUGGCCAUCGCGCUGGAGCGCCACCAGACCAUCUUCACCAUGCAGCUGCACAGUAAGAUGACCAACCACCGGGUGGUGCUGCUGAUCGUGGGCAUCUGGCUCAUCGCCAUAGUGCUGGGUUUGGUGCCCUCUAUGGGCUGGAGCUGCGUCUGCAACCUCCAGCAGUGCUCCAACAUGGCGCCGCUCUACAGCCGCACCUACCUGGUGUUCUGGGCCGUGCUCAACCUGCUGACCUUCACCGUCAUGGUGGCCGUCUACACGCGCAUCUUCAUCUACGUGCGCCGCAAGAGCCACCGCAUGAGCCAGCACACCUCGCAGGCCAAGCACAAGGAGACCGUGGUCAACCUGAUGAAGACCGUCGUCAUGAUCCUGGGUAAGACCUCGUUUCUGACUUAA